AAACCAUCUUAAAACGAAAUAACGAAAUAUCCCUAGUGAUCUGAAAGAUUCAGGCAUGAGUCAGGCAGUGACGCUGCAACAUAAACAAAACGUAACCUCAAAUAUAAAAAUUACCAAGCAAAUUUGUGAUUUGUGACUGGUUUGUGGCCGUUUUGUGCCUGCAUUCUUUGUUAGUCGAUAUUAUUUUUUAUUUGGCAUAAGUUUCUUGAGAGAAAGCUAUUUUAAAAGUAUGGAGUGCUUACUGGGAAUAAAGUUUAACGAUUUUGUUAUAAUAGCUGCUGAUAGAACUGCGGCUCAUAGUAUAAUGGUAAUGAAGUCAGAUGAAAACAAACUAUAUAAAUUGUCAAACAAAUUGGUUUUGGCUGUUGCUGGUGAGUCUGGCGACACAACACAAUUUGCUGAAUAUAUAUCUAAAAACAUUCAACUUUAUAAGAUGAGAAAUACUUAUGAGCUUAGUCCUAGUGAAGCUGCCUGGUUUACUCGUCGAAAUUUAGCUGAUACAUUGCGUUCCAGGUCUCCCUAUAAUGUUAAUUUACUUUUGGCGGGAUUUGAUGAUAAGGACGGUCCUCAGCUUUACUACAUGGAUUACCUUGCUUCAAUAGCAAAAGUAGACUAUGCAGCUCAUGGUUAUGGUGGCUAUUUUUCACUCUCCAUCUUGGAUAGAAACUAUCAGAAAACCAUGACUCCUGAUCAAGGGUAUGACUUAAUAAAAAAAUGUGUACAAGAGAUUCAGAGAAGAUUAAUAGUAAACCUACCCAAUUUCAAAAUACAAGUAAUAGAUAAGAAUGGUGUCAGAGACUUGCCUGAUAUUACUCCAAAAUCAUUUGAAAAUUAAUAUAUUGUUUUAAUAUAAUUUUUGUAAUAUUUAAAUAAACAUUAAUAAUCAUGUAAAA